AUGAAUAAGGAAACCAUAGUAGUUAUCGGCGCGGGCGUAAUCGGCCUCACCACAGCCCUCCACAUCCAACAACACCUGCACCCCUCUCAAAACAUUCUCAUCGUCGCCAGAGACUUCCCCAACACCACCUCCCUCAAUUAUGCUUCGCCCUGGGCCGGCGCGCACUACCGCCCCGUCCCAGGGUCCUCCCCGCAAGCCGCACGCGAAAACAGCCAAGCACGCCGCACAUAUCAGUACUUCAAGCACCUUGCAGCGGAGGACCCUUCAUCAGGCGUCCAACUGCUCGACGGCGAGGAACACCUCGAGUCCCCGCCGCCGGAGUACCUGCACGAAGCCAACAUCCAGAACGCGUACGCGCAUCUGGACGGCUUCCGCCGCCUGACGGCCGACGAGACACCCCCCGAAGUGCAAUGGGGAGUGCGCUAUCGCACCUACGUGGUCAACUCGCCAGUAUACUGCGCCUAUCUGCUUCGGAAGUUCGUCCUCAAUGGCGGGCAGACGAGAGAGUAUACGCUCGUAGAUCCGAUGGAGGCGUUUGAGCUGCCGGGGACGGGGACGGGGACUGUGAGGACGGUUGUGAACUGCUCGGGGCUGGGAUUCGGGGAUCCUAAAUCAUUUAUUAUUCGAGGGCAAACGUGUCUUGUCCGUAACCCCUGCUCUGUGACCAUCACCCGCCAAAACUCAGACGGCACAUGGUCUUUCUGCAUUCCCAGGCCUCUGAGCGGCGGAACAAUCAUCGGCGGCACCAAGCAACCGCACGACUGGAAUCCGACACCCUCACUUGAGACGAGGAAGCAGCUUCUCUCCAGUGCGGCGAAAUGGUUCCCCUUUACUGAGGAGAGUGGUGGUCAGUUUGAUGUCAUCCGUGAUAUUGUCGGACGGAGGCCGGCGAGGGAGGGUGGGAUGAGGAUCGAGGCGGAGAGAGUGGGAGGUGAUCGCUUCAUUGUGCAUGCCUAUGGGGCUGGGGGACGGGGGUUCGAGUUAUCGCGGGGGGUCGCGCAGGAUGUUCUGCAGUUGAUCUUUGAAAAUGGCUUGGCGCGGCAGAAGGCGUUGUUGUAG